CCAACUUCUUUCUUCCUUGCUAGCCCAAGAAGUCUGCAAUGAAAGUCCACUUCUGGCAGCUGGAGGACUGGCCCAUGCAGCACCGUCUUCCCCCACACCCCACCACCAUCAUCAACCUGCUAGGGAAGGUGGAGACACACCAGCGGCAGAGCCAGGAUGGACACAUCCUCAUCACUUGCUGGGAUGGUGCCAGCCGGAGUGGGAUCUUCUGUGCUGCCAGCUUCCUGUGCGAGCAGAUCCAAAGUGAGGGGCUGGUUGAUGUAUCCCAGGCUGUGAGGAUGCUGAAGAGGCGGCGGAGGCAGCUGAUUAAAGAUGUGGAGCAGUAUGGGCUGUGCUAUAAACUAGCCCUCAGUUACUUGAACUCAUUUGAAACCUAUGGCAAUUUCAAGUAAGAGACGUGGUCACAGCCCACAUCUGGCCAGGACUUCAACCUUCUUGAGGAAGCAAUGGAAAUCAGAGGAGAUGUGCGCAGCCUCAGGAUCACAAAAUCAUUAAAGUUGGAAAGACCACUGAAA